GACGCUGCCGGCCUGGAGAUUGCGGCGCAGAUGGAGCUCCCUCACAUGCGGUUUACGGGGUAUUUCCAAGAGGGUCUCGCUAGUGGAGGGGUCCCGAUGGUAUCUUCUGUGCUGGGAUGGGGAGAACAUAGCAGAGUGCUUGAGGGUGUCGAGGACCCCAAUAAGGGUUAUGGACAUUUUAUUCCCCUGCACAGCAGGAAAAGGGAGCAGUGGGCCCCAGCAGAGACUGUACCUUCCCCCUUGCUGCCCCCUAAUAUCGAUUGUGGUUUUGCUCCGGUCAAUGAAUCUGAUCUGGUUUAUCGGAAGACAAAAUUCCUGCGACACACAAAUAAGGACAUGGCUGGAGUGACCCUCGCCUUCAGCAAACAGAUGAGCCGUUUCUGUUGGGAUCAUAACAGCAUUGCCUUCCAGUGUAUGGGCCGCCUGCUGGAGCCGCACUGCUAUCUGGGAGAUGCCCUGCUAGUGGGUAAGAUUAGACAUCACAUCCAGCGGAUGACCGGCCUGAUGAAGAGACUGCAGACCACGCCCUACCAAGAUUGCCCCUUUGCCCACUCCUCUUACUUUGUGCGUUCCUUCUCCUACCUUACCCGCGGGUGGCUUCACGAUGUGCCUCCAGAAAUGCUGGCGGAGCUGGUGAAUGAGGGCAUGGCUAAUGACUGGAAGAAUACGCAGUUUCAGGCCUCUCUUACAGGGGGCGCUCUGUCUUGGGUGGCCUACCCUGGGACACCAUAUGGUUGCCUCAUCUAUCCUCGGGGAGCAGCUAUGAACCUUCUCUACUUUCAGCAGCUUCUCGUGGAUCGGUCGGACCUCGGGGUCACAUUACAGGGCUGUCCAGCUGUGUAUGAGCUACAGCAGCGGAUCCAGCAAGUGAGUUCAGCACAGCACGAGCAGGCUCUGGUCGGGGUUCGUUCCACUUUCCAUUUGUCCUCCUGGAGAUUCUCCGCGCAGGAUCCCCCCAAACCUCUGAGUGUCCUGAGGACGAGGACCCCCAGCACCUGCAUCAGCGCAAGCCCCCACAUGGUGGCGGAGUUCUGUGUGUGCACGGAGAGCGGGACUCUGUACCUGUGGGACAUGGACAGCGGGUUGCAGCGCGUGCGGCAGGACGCAGAUAACUUGGUUUUUCGUGAUGACUCGCGGUGGUGGUGGAGCGACUUCACAUCGCACCCUCGGGUGCUGACAUUUGCUGACAGGACGGGGGUUCAUCUUGUGGACGUCAGGGUUCCUAAUUCAGAUGGACGGGAACUUUUUCGUAUUGGGCAGGAGUCUUCAUAUCAAUGCGGAGAACGUGUGAUACUACCGCAGUGCCUGCGAGAGACCAACCCAGCAUACUGCCUGGUGAUGACCCAGUUCUCUCUGUACGUCAUGGACGAGCGAUUUCCUCUGGUUCCUGUAGCCAAAUGGGAUCAUAUGCUGGAGGGGCCCCCCACGUACGUCAGCACCAUUUCUGGAGAGACUACUGACUGCUUCAACAAGAUUCUGCUCAGCACGCAGCACAGUCAGGAGACACUGAUGGUUCAGUACUCGGGUGGUGGCUCCAGCUCCUUUCAGCUGCACUUACCGGCCAUAAGUCUUCCACGUAUUUCAGAGUCUCUGGAUCAUCUGGCUCCGCUGCUGCCCCAUCAUCAUGACACUGUGCUGCCGAGGCUGCAGUCCCCGCUGGCUGGUUUGGCAGCUGCGUCCCCAGAAUCGACCAGAGAUCUCUUGCUGGUUUUCCAGUUAACAGCAGUCGGUGAUCUUUUCAUCCAGAGACUGUCCCAGGAGGCUGCCGAUGCGCCGGGUGACAUAACAGUACAGCCCCCUGUGUCUGACUCCGCCCCUGAUGACCCAGCUGAUGACGCUUCCCACCAAUCAGCUCCUGAAAAUGAGGCUGUAAGCUGCAGUGCUGGAUGCAGUCACCUCAGACCACUAUCUUCCAGCACUUGCCACUCUGUGAUUCGGCGUAAUAGCAGUUUCUGCAGGUGGCUGCAUGAAGUGUACAGAACCUGCACCUGGAGAGGGGCCAUACCCCGUUCACGACACCGUAUCCAAAAGCUUUUCCCAUCAGAGGAGAGGAGUGAAAACUCCAGACUGAGGGAACAUCUACGCAAGAGUAUGAGAGGGGGCACACUCGUGUCAACAGCGGCUGCACCCACAUCACACAGGUUGGAGGUCAUCCAUACAGAGUCCUGGAAGGAACCACUGAGCGAGCGGCUGACGGCGUCCUGGGAGGGGGGACUGGGGCUGUGGUGGGAAGAUCUGCUGGGAACAAACAAGGAGAUGAAGAUCCAGGUGUGGAGAGAAAAGCGUCGAAUACAGAAACUGGAACGAUCUAGGAGCUGGAGCACACUGUCUGGAAGCUCUAAUGAGAGAGAGGCCACCUCUCCGUGGUCAGGUGACAGCGCCCCGGUGUUAGACUCAACCGCUGACCUCCUGUCAGUGCCAUCACAAAGUCAAGACGGUGCAGGAGACACUUCCCAGGUGAUUGCAGCCUCGUGUCGUUCUCGAAGCUCCUCAGCAGUCACUGCGCAUAAGAAGAGGCAGAUACUGCGAGGUUUUCUAUCCUCCGCUGUGACCGAUCCCACACCUCUGCUCACGGGCUCACAUUCCCAGGCUGUGUCGCAGCCACUCUUCCAGUCACUCUCCCAGUCCCAGACGGUGUUGAAGUCACUUUCCCAGUUGCUAUCACUCCCCCAGUCCCAGGCACUCUCCCAGUCUUGCUCCCAGCGUUCCCAAGUCCCAAGUAAGAGAUUUCGGAUGGGGUUUUAAGGGGAGUGCACCUGUCCCUUCGUGCAGGGACCACCUGUGAUGGCUCUGGCUUUACUCUGGCACCUUUACAUUCAUAGUAAGAACCGUAUAGCUGGAGACUUACAUGGGUAUUCCGGCUUUAUACAUCUUAUGCCAUAACCAAAUG